UAAAAAUAAAAUAAGAAAUUAGAAAAGAAAGAGAAGGAAAAAGUGGGAGGAACAAAGAAAACAUGACGGCAGAAUCGGGAGGUUUGAACUUCGAUCUUCCCGAGGAUGUCAUGCAAGUACUACCGUCAGAUCCAUUUGAACAACUCGAUGUAGCGCGCAAGAUCACAUCCAUUGCUCUAUCGACACGUGUCAAAGCCCUUGAAUUGGAGUCAUCGGAACUUCGCGCCAAGACCGCCGAGAAAGAUGAACUCAUAGCGGAACUUCAGUCUCAGCUUGAGUCUCUCGACGUUUCCCUCUCUCAAACCGCCGACAAUCUCGUCCGUGCAGAGCAAGAUAAGGAGAAUUUGCUUAAGGAGAAUGCUUCGCUUUCAAACACUGUCAGAAAGCUUAAUCGAGAUGUCUCCAAGUUAGAGGUUUUCAGAAAGACGCUUAUGCAAUCACUUCAGGAGGAUGAGGAUAAUUCUGGUGGAGCUCCAGACAUUGUUGCUAGAAUACAGAGUCAAUCAAGUUUGACUUCUACGUCUCAGUAUGGAGAUAAUGGCGCGUCAUUUCAACCGUCUAUAUCUUCUUCAAUGCCCCAUGUCUCAGAUAGUGAAAACUCUUAUGCCGAGGAUCAAGAAUCUGAUGAUAUAAGACCGAGGGUGCCCUAUAAUCUCCUCGUAGCAUCACAAAGAACCACCCCUCUGAUUACUCCCACUGGUUCCCCUCCUAGUCUUUCUGCAUCAGUAUCUCCAACGAGAACAUCCAGACCUAUGUCUCCAAGGCGACAUUCCAUUUCCUUUUCAACCUCAAGAGGCACACAUGACGAUAGGUCUUCAGUGUUUUCCUCGAUAGGUCACGGUUCAAUAUCAAGCUCUGACUCAGUAACAGGAUCACAAUCUGGACGUACACGGGUGGAUGGGAAGGAGUUCUUUCGCCAAGUCAGGAACCGUUUGUCUUACGAGCAAUUUGGUGCAUUCUUGGCAAAUGUUAAGGAGCUAAAUUCCCAUAAACAAACACGAGAGGUGACUCUACAAAAAGCAGAUGAAAUUUUUGGGCCUGAAAACAAGGAUCUAUACACUGUAUUUGAGGGAUUGAUCACACGCAAUGUCCAUUGAUGUUGUACUUAGGGCAUUCUUAUUCUAAGUUAAUAAUAACGGAUACUUUUUGUCUCCUCAUAACAACCCCAUUUUUUCUUCACUGUAUAUUUGCAUGUUUAUUACCGUGUAAUAAAACAUUUUUUCCUGAACAUGAAAGCCUGUAAAUUUGAAUGAACAAUUAACAUUUUAAUAUGAAGUGAAUGAAAGAGUGUUAUUCUUGUAACUCA